UUCAGUUGUAUGCCUAAGAUUGGUUUGGUAGUGGCUUUUUUAUGUCUCUCAUGUGUGGACUUUCAAUGGAGAGUUUGUCAUCAAAAUAUUUGUCAUGGGUUUUAUUAUUACUCUUGAUUCAAAUAUGCAGAUGCGGAGGUUGCAAUGAAGAAGAGAAGAUGGGUUUGCUUGAAUUCAAGGCCUUUCUAAAAUUGAAUAAUGAGAAAGCAGAUCUUCUUCUCCCUUCAUGGAUAGGUAACAACAUCAGUGAAUGUUGUAGUUGGGAGCGAGUUAUUUGUGAUCCUACCACAAGUCGAGUUAAGAAGCUUUCUCUCAACAACAUAAGGCAACAACAAAUUCUCUUGGAAGACUAUGGUUGGUCAAAUUAUGAAAAUGACAAAUUCUGGUUACUAAAUACAUCUCUAUUCCUUCCUUUUGAAGAGCUUCAGGAUCUAAAUUUGUCUGCAAACUCAUUUGAUGGGUUUAUUAAGAAUGAAGGAUUUAAAAGUUUGUCAAGUUUAAAGAAGUUAGAGAUCUUGGACAUUAGUGGUAAUGAGUUUGACAAAAGUGUCAUAAAAUCUUUGAGUACAAUAACAUCACUCAAGACACUGGUUCUUUGCAGCAUAGGACUGGAGGGAUCUUUUCCCGUUCAAGAGUUAGCUAGUUUGAGAAGCUUGGAAGCAUUAGAUCUAAGCUACAAUAAUUUGGAAAGCUUUCAACAAGUGCAAGAUUCAAAAAGCUUGUCCAUAUUGAAAAAGCUAGAGACCUUGAACCUCAAUCAGAACAAGUUCAGGAAUACUACUAUGCAGCAAUUGAAUACAUUCGCAUCCCUUAAAAGUCUUUCUUUACAAUCCAACUAUUUGGAAGGAUUCUUUCCUAUCCAAGAAUUACAUGCUUUGGAAAACUUGGUGAUGUUAGACCUAAGCCUGAAUCAUCUCACUGGCAUGCAAGAUUCAAAAAGCUUGUCCAUAUUCAAAAAGCUAGAGACCUUGAACCUCAAUGACAACAUGUUCAAAAACACUAGCCUGAAACAAUUGAAUAUAUUCACAUCCCUUAGAAAUCUUUCUCUACAAUGGAACGAUGUUGGAGCAUUUUUUCCUAUCCAAGAAUUAUGCACUCUGGAAAACUUGGUGAUGUUGGACCUAAGUGGGAAUUUCUUGAUUGGCAUGCAAGGUUUUAAAAGUUUGCCUAAGCUGAAAAAGCUGGAGAUCUUAAACCUUAGUUAUAAUCAGUUCAACAAGACCAAUAUAAAACAUUUGAGUGGAUUCACAUCCCUUAAAACGUUGGUUGUAAGCAGCAACAAUAUUGAGGGAUUUUUUCCUUUUGAAGAUUUUGCAAGCUUAAGCAAUUUGGAGAUACUAGAUUUGAGUUAUAAUUCCUUAAGUGGGAUUAUUCCAUCAUCUAUAAGAUUGAUGUCUCAUCUCAAGUCUUUAUACCUGGUUGAAAAUAACCUCAAUGGUUCUUUACAAAAUCAAGGUUUCUGCCAAUUGAAUAAGCUUCAACAGCUAGAUCUUUCUUACAACUUAUUCCAAGGGAUCCUUCCUCCAUGUUUCAAUAAUUUGACAUCUCUGAGGUUAUUGGAUCUUUCUUAUAACCAAUUAUCAGGAAAUGUUUCUCCUUCUCUGUUGCCUAAUCUCACAUCCCUGGAGUACAUCAAUCUUAGUCAUAAUCAAUUUGAGGGUUCAUUCUCUAUCAGCUCUUUGGCUAAUCACUCCAAGCUUCAGGUGGUCAUACUUGGAAGUGAUAACAACAAAUUUGAGGUAGAAACUGAAUAUCCAGCUGGUUGGGUUCCCCUGUUUCAGUUGAAGGGUCUUGUGCUAUCCAGUUGUAAGCUCACCGGUGACCUUCCUGGUUUUCUUCAAUACCAAUUCAGGUUAGUGGGGGUUGAUCUCUCCCAUAAUAACUUGACAGGAAGUUUCCCCAAUUGGCUGCUUGAAAACAAUACGAGACUGGAAUUUCUACUCCUGAGGAAUAACUCUUUAAUGGGCCAACUACUUCCCCUGAGACCUAAUACCCGUAUCAGUUCAUUGGAUAUCUCACACAAUUAGUUGGAUGGACAACUUCAAGAAAAUGUGGCCCAUAUGAUUCCAAAUAUGGAAUAUCUAAAUUUAUCCAACAAUGGUUUUGAAGGUAUUCUCCCAUCCUCGAUAGCUGAAAUGAUUUCCUUAAGGGUGUUGGAUUUGUCUGCCAAUAAUUUCUCAGGAGAAGUACCAAAGCAGUUGCUUGCAACAAAACAUUUGGCGAUUCUAAAAUUAUCAAAUAAUAAAUUUCAUGGUGAAAUAUUUUCAAGGGA